GCCACUCUCCCCACUCAUUUCUCACCUAUUCCUUCUCACCCAUCCUCCUCUUCCGCUGACAUGAAUCGCAUGGUCCCAUCGUCUCCACCAGAUCACGCCCUUGUUACAUCACCAGACAAAACUCUUCACAACCCAUCCUCAUUCCCACACCGUACAGAAGCUUCACAUUUCAAUACCUCACCACCACCUCCACGACGCUCUGAUACCAUAAAGAAAACGAUGUGGUGAAGAAAAACUAUUCUUUAUUGAUUUUUUCUUCAAUACAGUUGCCUACAACUUAUACACACUUUGCUGAUACUCGAUCCACAAUUCUAGGGAAUCAGUAUGGUAAUACAACUCAGACUAUCAAUCUAGGAUACCAAAUGACUACAAUCCUAAUCUAGGAUAUUGCAAUUAUUUCAUUCCUAAUUACACGGGAUUCUUUCCCUCAAUAGUUUCAUUCUUUCUCAAUUUCUCAAACGAAUCCCAUCAAAACAAACCCCCCGUCCCGAUGGAUCCGAACCGCUUCCCGAUGCUCUCCUACGUCCUGGACCGGCUUCCCUCCUUGGGAUCCAAGCCAACCACCCCCCCCGUCGUCUCCGACCUCAUGUCCAUCCACAUCGGCGAUCCAGCCGCUGCUCAAAGCGAGAUCGCUGACCGGAUGCCCCACCUCUCCGACCCGAAAGUCAUCGCCGCGAUGAGACGCGCCGUGGCCGACGUGGCUCAGGCCCGAUCCGUCCUCACCGCGCUCGGCGACCGACCCGAUCACGAGACCGUUGACUCCGCCAAGGCUAAGCUCGCCGCCAUCGAUGCCGGCCGUGCUGACGUGGCGGAGACGGAGCAGCGUGAAUCGGCGGGGAGAGAAGAGCAAGAGUGCAUGGCGAUCCUCCAGCUGGAGGAGUUGCACGUCGCCUACGAGAAGCUUCUCAAGGACGCCGAGGAGAGGCUCGUCAAGAUUUACCGGUCGGCGGAGGCCGGAGUGGUGGAGGAGGAGGAGGAGGAGAAGGUCGAUGGCGUCAGCGACCAAGUCGAUGAGGAGGUCGUCCAGAUUCUGCAGCAGGCGUCGUCCGGGACAGGGCCGGACCGGGUCGACCUCUCGGAUCGAGGCUUGCGUUUCUUGCCCGAGGAGUUUGGCCGGAUCAGUGGAUUGCUUCAGCUUGAUCUUUCCAACAACGAGCUGCAGGCCAUUCCUGAUACAAUAGCCGGAUUAGAGAAGCUAGAAAUGCUGAAUUUGUCUACCAAUCUCUUGGAGUCACUGCCCGAGACGAUUGGGCUGCUGCAAAAUUUGAAGCUCCUCACUGUCUCCGGCAACAAGCUAACUGCCCUUCCUGACUCUAUCUGCCACUGCAGGUCAUUGGUGGAGUUGGAUGUGAGUUUCAACCAGCUCACGUACUUGCCAACCAACAUUGGUUAUGAGUUGGUUAAUCUGCAGAAGCUUUCGGUGCAAUUGAACAAAAUCCGUACCUUUCCUACCUCUAUUUGUGAGUUGAGGUCUUUGCUGUCUUUGGAUGCUCACUUCAAUGAGCUACGUGGUCUUCCACUAGCUUUUGGCCGAUUGACUAGUCUUCAAAGUCUCAACCUUGCCAGUAAUUUUACUGAUCUCACUGAGCUCCCGGAUACUUUUGGUGAUCUAACCAAUCUCAAGGAACUUGAUCUCAGCAACAAUCAGGUUCAUGCUCUUCCAGAUACAUUUGGCCGCCUUGAAAAUCUGGUUAAACUUAACCUGGAUGGAAACCCUCUUGUGGUUCCGCCUCCUGAUGUAGCUCAACAAGGUGUUAAAGCCAUCAAGGUCUUUAUGAGCAAUAGGUGGUUAGAGAUACUGGCGGAAGAAGAAAAGAAGAGCAUGCUUCAAGUACAAGAACAAGAAGAAGCAGGAUGGUUGACACGCAGCACUUCUUGGGUGAAGGGUUACGUUUCAGGUGUUUCUGAAUAUCUAUCCCCAAAAGCUCCCGAAGACCCUAUUCUUAAUCAGCAGCUAUGAUUUUAAGGAACAUAACACCUGAAGAGCCCAAGGAUUAUGCAGAUGGUUGGUAACUGGGAUGCGGGGAAAGUUCAAGAUAAACAUCAACCCCGUUGGUUUUCUGUGACAGGCUUGAUAUGGCUACUUGGCUUUUACACUGCAGGGGAUGGUUAUUGGGUUGAUUUAUUGUAGAGUUCAUGAUAAUGCUGCUGGUACUAUUGGAAAUCCAAAGCUCUGGGACACAUUCACACUUUUGGAACUAUCUUUGGAGCUCAGGUUGGCUCAAUGCUGCAUUCUCAUAUGUGACUUUCACAAAUUGUGCAGCAUAAGUGAUUUUCCGGUUGUUGCUGGGCAGCAUCAUCAUUCCUUGAUGGUACUCUCCUACACUUUUUAUUUGUUAAAGCUAAGCACUGUACAUGAUGUGAAGCUAACAGUGGUUGUACGAUGGCUGGUCUAUGCUGAAGUAAUGAAGUUUUACAUGAUAUGGUGUCUCAGGCAGUAGUGUUGAUAAUUCGUAUGGAGACCAAGGCAAGCUUUCCUCUGGCAUUUCACAGGGCAUCUAGUAUUUUGAAAGCUACCGUUUCCAUCUUAGAAUCCAGAAUGUUCUGUUUCAAUCUUUACUGUUUUAGUUUCCUUGUAAUCUGACAUUUGGUUUAGGACAUGACUUGUGUACAUGAGUACUUGUGCUACCGCUACUUUCUUCUAUAUCACCACUAUCAUUUUGUUGCCGUUUUGACAA